CCCAGGUACACUCCACUCUUCAUGCUUGGACCUUCUGUCUUCAGUUCUUACUGUGUGUUGACAAGGGAUGCCCUCAGGAGGCCGGGUGCCUCCGGUCCUGUGGCUGGCCAGGGUCCUAAGAAAACUGCAGUCUGUGUUCAAAUGGAUCCUGUAUCCUGCAGAAUCCAAGGAUCACGCUCGGAAGGGCUUCACGGCUCCUUUCUUUUUCAGGGGAUGAACAAUCAGUACGUCCGUCGAGAGGUCUUCUGUAGGAACACCUGCCAUGAACUCAAGCGGUUCUGGGAGAGGGAGAUCGGCAAGCAGACAUGCUACAGAGAGUCUGAGGAGCACCGCCUGGGGAGGAGCGCGCUGAGAAAACUCAGGGAAGAAUGGAAGCAGAGGCUGGAGACGAAGCUGAGGCUGAGGAACAACCCAGAUGAGGCUGAGAAGCAGACAAAUGUCAUGAGGGCUCCUGCAGCCCUGACCAAGGCACCGGAGGUCACUCCGCUAGAAGCCAGUUGAACCCCAAGCCCCUCUGCUUGCACGUCCUUCCCUAAUGCCCCAUGGCAGCUGCUUGCCAAGUCUUCCUCUCUGCAUGGAAGUCAGGCUACUAC